UAUCAAACCCAGAGCUUCAUCAUCACUGUGUUGUUAAUUUCUCUCAACUGUAUUCAUACGCAAAAUGUCGCUGAUUCCAAGCUUCUUCGGCACCGGUCGCAGGACCAACGUCUUCGAUCCCUUCUCCCUCGACGUAUGGGAUCCAUGGCAGGACUUUGCCGUCACCGCCCCUCGAUCCGACCUGACAAGCGAAACGGCGGCCAUCGCCAACACCCGCAUUGACUGGAAGGAGACACCGGAGGCUCACGUAUUCAAGGCGGACUUGCCGGGCCUGAAGAAGGAGGAGGUGAAGGUGGAGAUCGAGGAGGGGAGGGUGCUGCAGAUCAGCGGAGAGAGGACGAGGGAGAAGGAGGACAAGAACGACACGUGGCACCGGAUGGAGAGGAGCAGCGGCCGCUUCCUCAGGAGGUUCAGGCUGCCAGAGAACGCCAGGGUGGAGCAGGUGAAGGCCAGCAUGGAGAACGGCGUGCUGACGGUCACAGUCCCGAAGGAGGACGUGAAGAAGCCCGACGUGAAGGCCGUUCAGAUCACCGGCUGAACGGAACCUCACUAGUACUCUGCUUGCUUUUGUAAUGGAUGACGGUUGUGAGAAGUCUAAAAUAAGAACACGGUCUGGGUUCGUGUGGGGCUCGGCCGUGCUGGGAUUGCUGUCUCUGUGUGUAGUUAUGAUGUGUGAAUCUGUUAUGAGUUCGUGAAGUUUUCAGUAUCCUACAUAUCUAGUUGAGUCUUUCGUCUUCAUAUUUAACCUUCGCGAUUUCUAUGAGAAACGAUUAAGUGGAAACUGUUAUAAUAGUGCUUCGACUUUG